CGAUGCGCUAUUUACUUCCUGCCGGAGGACUAGCGGCACUUUUCCAUCAACAUGGAGGCUUUCUCAGUGGAGGUGGGUCCCAGCGAGUCUGUCAAGAUCCCUGAGAGUGUCUUACGGAGGGACCAGGCGAGGCAGGAGGAGUUGGAGCGCCGGAGAAAUACGAAGGAGAGUCAGUCAGUGUCGGAGGAAAACACGGCUUACUUCAGCGCUGCCUUCAGCGCGGAGAAGGCCGCGAUAGAGGAGCUCAUAUCCAGCUGCUCUAGCGCUGACCACGAGAAGAUCACCAACAUGCUAGAGGAGGCGACCCUCAAAACCCAACAGCUCCAGAAGUUCCUGAACGACAGCACGAUGUUUCUCACGCAGUACGAGCUGAGGCAGGCUCAAGCGGCUCUGCAGAAACUCCAGGCUUCAAUCACAGAGCUGAAGCCUAAGAAGAAGUUCGCUUUCCGGUCUCGUACCGUUACGGCUGGGUCGAGCCAGCAGCCACCAGCAGCCGCCGCGUCUUCAGGCAGCACCGAGAAACGGGCUGGGCUCGGCACUGCUGUGGAUGGUGGUGCAGUCAGUGCCGCACAGUGUGGCUUCUCAAACGUCCAAAAUGAAGUUUUGAUCAAACGCUCAGAAGAGAUGCAGCAGCGAGAUGUGCUGUUGUCACACCUAACCAACUGUAAGGUGCGGCUUUAUGGCUCCCCAAGCACCUUGCACAUCAAGAACGUCCGAGAUUGCCAGAUUCUCAGUGGGCCAGUGUCCAGCUCUGUGUUUGUUGAUGAGUGUACAGGCUCCACUCUUGGCUUUGCCUGCCAGCAGCUGCGCACCCACAACACCACAGACACUCAGAUAUAUCUCCAUGUCACCAGCCGAGCAAUAAUAGAAGACUGUCAAGGAGUCCGUUUCGCCCCUUUUAACUGGACAUAUGAUGGAAUGGACAAUGAUUUCAAAGUGUCUGGACUGGAUCCCGAAAGAAACAACUGGUCUGAGGUGGAUGACUUCAACUGGCUUGCUGCUGGAACGCCCUCACCCAACUGGACUGUAAUUGCAGAGUCUGAGAGGAUAUGUUCUUGGGAGCCAGCCUCAUGAACUGUGUUAUUCUCUUCUAAAUGUUAGAUGUUUUUACUAAUCACUACAACAUGUAAUGCAGUCAAAUUCUGUCAUGGUACACUCACAGAUCUCACUGAUUAAUAGGAUGGAAUAAAACUCCAUUAUAACAACAAGA